UGUACAGCUUAGUAAGUCGUCUGUGCAUUCAUCUCUUCGUCAGCGCAAAAGCAACAUGAAGAUUGUUAUUGCAACAAUUAUUUUCGGGGUUGUGAUGGGAACAGCCUGUGCCUUCUCUACCCAAGGGAAGCCUUGGUCUGUGGUCCAAGCUGAUAUGGCUAAGGACUGGAGGAGAGGCGCCAGAAUUCCUUAUCAUGGGAGUAACGAACAUGAGAGUGGGGAAUCCUAUGAGCAUGACAGUAACGAUAACAGCAAUGAAUCCCAUGGUCCUUACAACGAGAAAACCUAUACAUACCAUAGUGGAGAAUCCGCUGAGAGUGACGGAUAUUAUAAUAACAAAAGGGGUGGUCACGAUGAGAAUUACGGAUAUCCCCCUCACCCAUGAUUGCAAUGGCGACAGCAUGGCAAUCGCGAACAUGGCAACGGCAAUGCUAAGGAUGAAUGAUCAUGUAUGUUUACACGGAUGUGCAUAUAUUUACAUACUGGUAUAUACAUGUAUAACAACAAAUGUAAACGAUCCAACGGCGCAUAGUGACAAACAUGUUAUUUGUAUCAAUAUGCAAUUUGGUAAUAUAAUUAGAGAUAAAAAGUGAUAAAAGAAAAAAAAAAAUUGUAACAUUACAUCAAUUGAUAACCAAAUAUGACGCUACAUCUAAUUCGAAUUAUUUCUUUCCUUAUGUAAAUAAACACAACGAUUCAAUGUCUGUAACCAUAUUCAUUAUUGCACAUGGCCAAUAUACAGCACGUGCAUAAUAGCACUUCAAAAAGGUGAUGAAUAAAGAAAUCAUUGCAGGAA